AUGCCAAGUAUAAAUAGCCUCUUCCAAGAAGGUGUGGUCCAUGACCAGUCCAGUAUUAGUGAGCAGGCUGUAGUUGUCUAUAUAAGCUCAGGAGUUGAUGACGAUUCAUGGCUUCAACAGUGGUUUAGACCAGGCAACCUCAGCAGCCUGGAACGUGAAAACAUAGUGUGGGUGAAGCUGGUAAAUAACACCAAAGAGUGCUUUCUCUUCAGGAGUAUUUUCCCCUCAUUGUCUGCGCCAAGUAUAAGUAUACUGCAGAACGGCCUACUCGAGUGUUCUAUUCAAGGUAAUAGUGUCUCCCGGGAUCUGGAUCUUUGGGAAACAUUCGUUAAUGGGCUAGAGUUAACCGUUAGAGGACAAACAAUAAAGAGGAAGUUAUUCACCAAGGGCAAUGAAGAGUACCAAAGAGUCAAGAGAAUGAUUCAGAAUGACAAGCUGGAAAGGAAGUACGUAUUUCAAAACGCCAAUGACCCUCAGAGGACACAACAGAGAUGGAAGCAGCUUAUGGUCAUGGAUAAUGUUAGCUACAAGAGUCAGAGGGUUUUCCUCGCACAGAAUUAUUGUACCCUGCAGUUGAAGCUGCCCAAUGGCUACACCAUAUCAAACACUUUUCCUCCUCAAACGAAGCUGCACAAAGUGAGAAUGUGGUUGGACUACAAUUGCUACGACGAUGGUACUCCGUACCUUUUCCACAGGAACGUGCCAAGAGUGACCCUUACGCAAGACGACGAGUUGAAAAGUCUCCAAGAACUAGACCUACUGCCCAGAUCGACCCUUAUUUUGGAGCCGCUGGAAGCCCAUAAUAAUUACUUUGACGACAUGGAACAAUCAUCUAUAUUAUACAAAGUCUAUUCCGGGUUAACUUCGUUUUGGGCAAAAGGACCGGAAGCAGGCCCUUCCUCCUCUCAUCUAGGCUACCAGAGAUUAGGCACAAACGUCUCGAACAGGACAAGCUACAGCAUACAGAAAAUAUCGAGUUUAGAGAUUGUGUCUGACGGAAACGAUUCGAUGGCCCCUUCAGCGUAUACCACUCCAAGAAUGUACCCUUCUGGUGGAACUACUCAAGUGCGACAGAACAUAUCUGAAUUAAAUCUAUCUUCCAAUAAUUCUGCAUCUAACACCAAAGUCCGUACAUUAGGCUAUUCUAGUAAAAGUAGUAAGAGUAAUAAUAGCAAUAGUGGCAGUAAUUGA